GGGUGAAAACAAAGGCAAAGUUUUGUUGCAAGGCGUCACGGGAGAGAUCAAUGCAGGCGAGGUGACCGCUGUUCUGGGUCCUUCAGGCGCGGGUAAAACAACGUUCUUGAAUGUUCUGUGUGGUAAAGCAUACUAUGGUGUAAGUAUUGUACGUUUUUUGAGAACCUAGCACAGGACGUUUUAUGUACUAUUUAAAACACGCGUAGGAGUGAAGAUGAGUUUUAUCAGGUAUAAAGUCUAUAAUAAAGUGUUUUGAAUAGCUUUAAAUACGACCACAAUAGAUGCCGUUCAUUAGGGACGGACCAUUAGAAAAGUGAUGGGGAGGGGGAGGGGGGGGGGGCAAGCGUGGGUUGACUACACAAUUUUUAUAGUUCGCUAUAACUAUAGCUACUUCGAAAAUAUGUUGUCAGCUACAACUACUGCUACUUUUGAACAAAGGUAGUUCGCUACUGACUACAGCUACUGCUUAAAAAAUGUAGCGAAUUAUUUCGCUAUUUCGCUACGCUAUAUUGUUUAGUUUUACUGUAUUUGGAGCAUCUACUAACUCAGGCUGUAAUGUAACCUGUAACAAAUCGACUUACAAGUACCAACAGUAAACACAAAGCAACAUUUUUGUAAGCACUAGAGUGUUCAGGAAUGCAAAUGGACAAUUGAGUAUUGAUUUUAAGCAAACCGUGUCUAUAUCAUGCUCCAAUAUCAUGUUAUUCUAUAUCAAGUUGAUAACAAUUUUAAAAAGUAGCGAAUAGUGAUUCGCUGUUUGAAAAGUAGUCAACUACUUGGCUACUUUUAGGCAAAAUGUAGUUCGCUAUCACUACAGCUACUGUUUUAAAAAAGUAGUCAAAAACUACUGGCUACUUGAAAAUUGUAGUUUGCUACAGUAGCGAACUACACCAUUUCGCUACUACCCACCCUUGGGGGUGGGUGAGGCAAUAUAUUUGUUUGUGCAUCUAUAGAAGAAAUAUAUAUUUUUUCUCACUUGAUGGCUGGAAACAUUUUUUAAAGUGAAAUUUAUAGGCCACUAUGCCUGGGAAGAUUUUUUUUCCCUAAUUUUUUUCUGGGAAUAAUUUUUCUUCACUUGACAUAUUAUGGUUGACAUGAUUUGCCGAUAAUCUUAUGCGAUCAUAAAUUUUUGUUUAUUUCAUUUUCAGGAUGCUGGUGGACGAAUAAAAAUUAACGGGAAAAAAGUUUCAGGAAUUCAAGAUUAUAAAAGUCUUACCGGAUUUGUACCACAGGUAAUUGGUUAGGGUUAGUUGACAAGAAGAAAAAUGAGUCAAAGUCGAGUCAUAGAGUGAUUUAGCAAAGACAAACUUUGCCUAUGUACAGUUGGAUGUUGGAAGAGUACUUCUAUAACCGAAAAUCGAACCCACGAUCUCUGAUGACUGCGCCACCGAAGCCCCCAGUAUAGAAUUGUCGAUAAAGUUAGUUGAUUCUCUUUAUGUAGGAUGACAUAAUGCAUCGGUCUCUGACAGUUUGGGAAGUAUUGUACUACAAUGCCGUUUUACGAUUGCCUCCACCAUCUGAUCCCAAGGUGUAUGGAAAAAUUGUUAAACAGGUAUGGAUGACGUACGCCCGUAUUCUAAAAGCUCACUCACACUCAAUGAGUGGAGGUUCAAUCGGAGCUUCUCUUAAGUGUGAAUGCUGUUUUUGAAUAGCUGGGGGGUGAGUAGUCGCAUAGUAAGGUACGACACUUACUCUCCAGCUAUUCAAAAACAGUAAUGACAUUCGAGAGAAGUUCAGAUUAGAUUAAACUUCCACUCAUUGAGUGGAGUGUGAGUGCGCUUUUGGAAUACGGGCGGUAGUCUUAUACUCUCGAUCUAGUGUUGGUAGUGUUCUACUAUUAGCUGCCGCAACUGAUCAGAGAGGUUCAGAUUUGACUUCCGCUACCACUACCUUUCACUGGCUUAGUACGCAUCUGAUGAUUGGUUAAUCAGAUCAAACGCAUCUGAUUGUUUAAUCGGAUAUAUUAAACGCAUCUGAUUGGUUAAUCGGAUAUAUCAAACGCAUCUGAUUGUUCCCCCGCUUAGACUGUUUAGUGGGAGAAGAGAUAAACUAACUCUUCGAGAAAUGGAGGCAAUUACUCAGGACGUAAACCAUCUCUGUCACCACCUUCUCCCUAUUGCACAGAAGCAUGACUAUUCCACUAGAACUAAAGAAAGAGGUUCUAAUGUAGGUCGCAUUAUUUCCAGAACCGAAAGACAUAAAUCAUCGUUUAUGCCUCGUGCAGUUAAACUUUUUAAUAAUAAACUUUAAAUUACUACUGUAAUAGACGGUUCUGUAAUUUUGGGCUGGAUGUAGGUUGCAUUAUUCUCUGAACCGAAGGACAUAAUCGUCGUCUGUGCCUUUGGCAACUGAACCUUUUUAAAAAUACAAAUUUUUAUUGUAAUAUAGAUGGUUUUAUAAUGUUUAUGAAUUUGUAAGUCCACUGUAUUUUUUUUACUUAAGGUGGAUUAUUAUUAAAGCUUUACAUCAUCCAUUCGCUAGCCGAGGUACGCAGUCUCCGAGUGCAUGACCUCUAGUUCAUUUUGUUUCUCCUUGCAGACAAUGGGUCACUUGGGGAUUCGAACUGUCGCUAACACGCAAAUAGGAGACGAGGUGAAUACUUAUAAUCUUUUACUAUCGUCACAAUAUCAAACUAUGAUCUUGGACAUAACUGGUUGAGACUAUUUUCACCCUAUACAAAAAUUCCCAUAUUUUUAUGAUAAAUUCCAUGUUGAAUCAUGUUGCCUUCUUAAGCCCCCGCUCCCCCAACUCAAUGUUGAGCUUGUGUCAUGGUAUAUUACCAAAAGUUGUUUCGACGUUGUUUACAACAUUGAACUGGGGGGGGGGAGGAGGGGGGACAAAGUUUGUUUUGUCCAUGUUCAAUAACUUUGUAAUAUUGGCUGGAAUGGUCUCAAGGGCUUUGUCCAAAAUUGUAGUUUAUUGUACUGUAGCUGCUGGCCUCUGGCGAUGCCUUGAUAUAAAAUAUGAUGCCUUGAUAGCCUUGCCUGUAGAUUUGUACAUAACAAAAUAAUGAGGUACCAGUUUAUAUUAAGUCUGUAAACUGUAUAGUGUGUGUGUGCGCGCACCUCCUUGGGCAACACCCUCUCCACCCUCCUGCUUAUAUCCUGGUUAAAAUUAAACACCAUCACAUAUCAAACAUUUCUGUAGAAAUACUGCUGAUAAAUCUGUGUAUAAAUCAUUUCCAGGAAACUCGAGGUAUUUCAGGUGGUCAGCGAAGACGAGUAAACAUUGGAAUGGAGUUAGUCGCUGAUCCAACCAUUUUGUUUUUGGAUGAACCAACCACGUAAGUUUAUGAAAAUUCAAACUAUCAGUUCUACACUGUUCUCCUCAAAUACCAAGUGACCGCCGUCUCUUAUGGCCUGGCCUUAAUGGAAAACACUCUAAUAUUCCUUCCGACCGGUCUGGCCUUAAUGGAAAACACCCUAAUAUUCCUUCUGACCGGUCUGGCCUUAAUGGAAAACACUCUAAUAUUCCUUCUGACCGGUCUGGCCUUAAUGGAAAACACCCUAAUAUUCCUUCUGACCGGUCUGGCCUUAAUGGAAAACACCCUAAUAUUCCUUCUGACCGGUCUGGCCUUAAUGGAAAACACUCUAAUAUUCCUUCUGACCGGUCUGGCCUUAAUGGAAAACACCCUAAUAUUCCUUCUGACCGGUCUGGCCUUAAUGGAAAACACCCUAAUAUUCCUUCUGACCGGUCUGGCCUUAAUGGAAAACACCCUAAUAUUCCUUCUGACCGGUCUAGCCUUAAUGGAAAACACCCUAAUAUUCCUUCUGACCGGUCUGGCCUUAAUGGAAAACACUCUAAUAUUCCUUCCGACCGGUCUGGCCUUAAUGGAAAACACUCUAAUAUUCCUUCUGACCGGUCUGGCCUUAAUGGAAAACACCCUAAUAUUCCUUCUGACCGGUCUGGCCUUAAUGGAAAACACUCUAAUAUUCCUUCCGACCGGUCUGGCCUUAAUGGCAAACACUCUAAUAUUCCUUCUGACCGGUCUGGCCUUAAUGGCAAACACUCUAAUAUUCCUUGACCGCGACGAGAAUCGAACCAGCGAGCUUCGCUUUGUUAGUCAAAAUUUUUAUGCUUUGCGAAGCGCUUUCUUUCCUUACCUCUUUUCAUUUCCAUACGACUUUCGCGCGACCUUUGCAUGAAGAAUGAUCACAGUUUGAUUUAAAAGUUCGUUAUUUGCCAGAUUCCGUAGAUAUUUGCGCAUCGCCUCUUGUGUCAGUCGACGUCCAGUGGAUUUCUCUAUCGCACUAUAUAUAUAUACAUAACGUACAAUAUAUUCAGGAUAAAACCAAUGUAAUUUAUUCUGGAUAGUUUGAUUACUUCUGUCUAAACUAACAGAGUAAACCGCUAAUUGUUCUAGAGGCUUUGUAAGCUGGGGAUGUCUCUUAUUGAUCCAGUGUUACUGCAGAAGGAAACCUAAACUAAACUAACUUUAUUUAUACUGGAUAGCUCUAUCAGUUCUAAACUGUUCUUCCUAGAGGUCCGGUAAGGAUCAUCUCGUAUUGAUCCAGUGUUACUACAGGAGGAAACCUAAACUAAACUGACUUUAUUUACACUGGAUAGCUCUAUCAGUUCUAAACUGUUCUUCCUAGAGGUCCAGUAAGGAUCAUCUCGUAUUGAUCCAGUGUUACUACAGGAGGAAACCUAAACUAAACUAACUUUAUUUAUACUGGAUAGCUCUAGGUCCAGUAAUGUCAAAUAAGGGGUGCCACAUGUACCUCAUUUAUUUCACGAUAAUGAAUUACCAGAGUUUAGUCUUAGUACGUUUGCUUACUUGCAUAUCUUGCUCUGUUUCCAGAGGUCUGGAUAGUUCAUCCAGUUUGGCCGUUGUGAAGGCGUUAAACACGGUAGCGGCGAAAACUAAUAUGACAAUAUGUUGCGUCAUACAUCAGCCAAGAUUUGAAAUUUUAAGUAAGUUGUUCCUAACUGAAAGUGAGAAAAUGAAAUGAUUUAGUAAAGGACUUGAAGGAUUAGGAGAUAUGGUGGAAAGAAGGAAUGAAUGAGCAAGGAGAAAAGGAAGGAAAGGAAGAAUGGAACAAAUGAAUGAAUUAAUGGACAAAUGAAUGAGAAAAGAAGGAAGGAAGGAAUGAACAAAAGAAUGAAGGAAGAGGAAUGAAGAAGGAAGAGGAAUGAGAUAAGGAAAAGACGAAUACAACCACAUGAUUCCUACAUAACCAACUAUUCUCUUUUUCUAGAAAUGUUCGACAAAGUUUUGUUCCUCGGUCAAGGUGGUCGGACCGUCUACUCGGGCCCUGUGGACGGAGCGGAAACAUACUUUGCCAAAAUUGGCUAUCCCUUGCCACCCUACGUAAACCCCGCGGACUUCUAUAUGGAUGUGAUAUCUGGCUCUGUCAAAAACGAGAGGAACGUUUAUACGAGUCUCUUCGAGGAGUGGGAAAAACACCAAAUGAUGGUGGAAGAGGUCGGAUCGGAAGUGGGGGAACCAAACGAGGUGGGGGCAAUGGAGGAGGGGGGUGACAAAAGCCAAAAUAUACAGAGUAACGGUAGUAGAUCAACCAUUGAGAUAGACAGGCCUUCCAGUCAAAUUCACAUCAAUAUGAAAGAAGCUGGCAGAAUUUCUGAUUCAUCUCAAGGUAUGUAUUACGAAACUAAUUGUGCUUGGUUUAACCAUAGUUUAACUUAGGUUUUAAUUAAGAAACUAACUUCGAUUUUGCUUAAACGGUUUUCCAUGAGCUAAGGACACCACGUACAACAGGGUGAACCCACCGUACUGUCUCUCUUUCUCUUUUAGAUAAUGUGACAUCCCAAGUUUAACAUAAAUUUUUCCUUUCUAGAUAAUGAGACAGUCCAAGUCACACCCUCGCCUAUUCCAUCCUCGAUAGAAAGCUGUGAAGAAGAACGGGUUUUAGAGAAACCAAAAGUCGUUCGUCUUGGUUUCUUCUCUCAACUAUGGGUGUUUUUCAGACGAGAGGUCGUGCUUCAACUUCGUAUGUCUCGGACCUUACUGCUUGAUCAGGUCUUGACCAUGAUUGCUGGUGCUGUUUUGGGUCUUCUGUUUCGAGAGGUAAGGAUUGCGUAAUUGUAGUGGUGGUUUUCAUCGCUUAGUUGGACUUUCUAGAAAGAACUGAGCUAUCCAUAAUAGACCUAUCCACUAUAAAUAAAGUUAGUUUAGUUUAGGUUUCCUCCUGUAAUAACACUGGAUGAAUAAGAGAUGAUUCUUACUGGUUCUCUAGGGAGAACGGUUUAGAACUGAUAGUAUUAUCCAGUAUAAAUAAAAUUAGUUCAGUUAAUAAUUUUAUAGAGUAUAUUUCUCCUAUUUGUAGGUAUACAUUUAUGAUGUGCACGAAACAACAGUACUGGGAAACAUAAUAUCGGGGUUGGGUGCUGUUGUUGCCGCAACGAGACGAUUUGGUCAAAACAGAGUUGUAUUUUGGAGGUAACUAUAUUUUAUUAUUUUUGUAUAGGUUGAAAUACACAAUGUACCUGAAACUACUGUAUUUGGGGAUAUAGCUGUGGGCCUAGUGGGUGUUGUUGCCGCGUUGAGAAGUUUUGGCCAACAUAGAGUUGUCUUUUGGAGGUAUUGUAACUACAUAUAAACUGUCAUAACAAGAGUUGAUAGGCUACUUUCACCUAUUCCACCCAGCAUUAUUCCUUUUCCGGGUACGUCGUUUACUGAACGUCUAGGAAGAACAGUGUUGAACUGCUGGAGCUAUCUUGUACAAUUGAAGUCACUUUAGUUCAGGUUUCCUCCCGUAGUAGACUGAUACAGUAGACCGAUGCAGUAUGUAGCCUUUACUGUACCUUUAUAAAGAUGGAACUGAUAGAGCUGUCGAGUAUAAGUAAAUUCAGUCUAGUUUAGAUAAACGUUAAAUUUUUGACAGUUUACUAUUUUGAUUUCAGAGAGAGUGCUUCAGGUAUCAAUCGUGUGAGUUAUUUCUUUGCUGUCAACCUGGCUUACAUUCCUGUUUUGCUGAUUUCUCCGGCCGUCUAUCUCAGUAUUUAUUACAGCAUCGCCGCAUUCCUGGGUAGGUGUGAAUUUGUAUGUUUGUGUGUGGGUUGUUGUGAGUACAGAAUUUGGGAAGAAGGGAGGGAGGAAGCAAUGAAUGAAGGAAAGAAGGGAGAAUGGAAGGGGUAGGAAGGGGGUAGGAAGGACGGAAGGUACGAAAGAUGGAAGGGAGGAUGAAGGGAGAAGCAAGGAGUGGAGGGAUGGAGGGAGAACGGAGGGCGGGAGAGAGAGGUGGAGGGAAAGGGAGGAAGGAAGGGUGAGGAGAGGAAUAGAGGGAGGUAGGGGAAGGGAGAAAGGUAGUGUGGGAGGUAGAAAGAAAGGGAGAGAGGGGGAGGGAGAAAGGAUGUGAGAAAGAGAGGGAAGAAGGAAGAGAGAGAGUGGGAGAGAGGAAGGAAGGUAGGGAGGAUGUUAGUGAGGGAAGAAGAAAGAGGGAGAGGGAGGAAGGAAGGGGAGGAGGGGGGGGGGAGAGAUAGAUGGAAGAGUGGAAGGAAUAAUAACAAAGGCAGGAUGAAUGGUGACAUGAAGGACUGUUUUCAUGUGUGUUGAAAUGUCAUUUUUAUUUCUUCCAGCGCCAUUUUAUUUACAUUAUGCAGUCUUUCUCUGUGGAUGGUACUGUCUCUCUGGCCUCGGCUACGUCAUGUCUCUGAUGAUGACACCAAGGAACUCACAAAUGGCUGCCAUUGUUACUGUUGUCAUUAUGGCUUUGUUGUCAGGUUAGUGGAGCUUUUUACUCUUUGGAAAUCGUUACUGUCCGAAAUUAUUAUGACAGAGGGGGGAGGGGGUGUUCACCGCGUUUAUGAACUGAAAACAGCCGAUAUUUGGCGUCAAACUAAUAACGGAAUUUUUGUAUACAAGCAUCAAAAUGGCGGUCGCAUUUCAACAAGCUUUAUUUGAAUAUUUUGGAAUAUUUUCGCUGCUAAAUAUAAACACGCCAUAGAGGUAUACAUUAUACAAACGACCCUUUUGACCUCGUUUUAGUGUUUCAUACGUGCGAAGGGCAAUUUAUAAGCACAUAAAAAUUUUUUAUUUAUUUAUUGGUCCAUAUUUUGACUAUUUUGAUUCACAGAUCACAUUCUGAAGUUGUAAGACUUUGGCAGUCCCUUGUGUAACCUUUUGCCUUCUAGAUGUAUAUUUUCAACCAUGCGCCAUUACAACACCUAUUCCCCAUCAUGUAUAAUGCUGGCUAAACAAUGUACCUGAUCCUAAAAACGACUUUCAAAUAUAUUUUGUCUUUCACACUUAAGGUGGCUCUCCCGAGUUGUGUAAGUUGGAUGAUACAUUUAUCGCAACUGCAUUUUACAAUCUGUCUUUCUCACGUUGGAUAGCGGAGGCGAUAUUUGAGAUUGAAGCGGCGGAAAACUCACAAGUUUUGAACGACAUCAUAAGCCGUGUUCAGAUAGACAAUCAUUAUGAUUUGCAAAGCUAUCGUAUAUGUAUUGGGGCAUUGCUGGCUUUGGGGACUGGGUAUAGACUGAUUGCUUUGUUACUGUUGCUAUUCACUAAACGGGGCCAACAGAAGUAGUGGUUUACGUAGGGUUAGUUUGUAACAUACGUGGUGGGUUUGGUACGGUUACAGAAGGAGGAAUCUUAGAUAUGUAUAUAGGUUAUCAUAUAAGGGGCGAGGCGAUGUCAGUUUUAUCGCUCUCAGAACGAUUCAUAAACGGCCAUAAAUUAAGCCGCUUGUAGUAUAUAUUAUAUUUUACUGUGAGAUAAAUCUUAACUGUAUAGACUAGGUAUAAUCAUAGGCCCUUCCCACAAGACGUUACAUGAUGAUAGUGCCAUCCAGUCAUGAUCCAGUGAUCGAAAUGUUCAAUUGUCUUUUCAUUGUAUUGAAAAUCCCACUGUUCUCCAUGCCAUCACGACACGAUCCAGUGAUCGAAAUGUUCAAUUGUCUUUUCAUUGUAUUGAAAAUCCCACUGUUCUCCAUGCCAUCAAAUCAUGAUCCAGUGAUCGGAAUGUUCCAUUGUCUUUUCGUUGUUCUGAAAAUCCCACUGUUUCCAUGCCAUCCAAUCAUGAUCCAGUGAUCGAAAUGUUCAAUUGUCUUUUCAUUGUAUUGAAAAUCCCACUGUUCUCCAUGCCAUCAUGACACGAUCCAGUGAUCAGAAUGUUCCAUUGUCUUUUCAUUGUUUUGAAAAUCUCACUGUUCUCCAUGCCAUCCAGUCAUGAUCCAGUGAACAUAAUGCUCAAUUGUCUUUUCAUUGUAUUGAAAAUCCCACUGUUCUCCAUGCCAUCCAGUCAUGAUCCAGUGAUCGAAAUGUUCAAUUGUCUUUUCAUUGUAUUGAAAAUCCCACUGUUCUCCAUGCCAUCAUGACACGAUCCAGUGAUCAGAAUGUUCCAUUGUCUUUUCAUU